UCACUGUGGUGGAGUUGUCAACACCAAGAUGUGAGAAUGGAGGAGUAGCGAGUAAGUAGUGCCCAGCGGUGUUGUGAGCUGCCUUGCCUUGCGUGGAGGCUGCCUGCCCUGCCUGGUGCCAGCACACGCCUCACUGGUGGCGGCAGUGCAUGCCACUGCAAAGUGGCACCCGCUAAAGUAGUGGUGAUAAGAGUAAAAUUCCCACACGCGAGUCUCCGAGGAAUGUGCCGCCAGCAGCCUACAGGUGUGUGCUGUACACCUGCCGCCCUCCCUUAGCGCUGUGCGAGGCAACCAAGGUAGUACACUUAAGACCAGGAAGUUGUGAAGAUGGCAGAGUCUGGUAACAGCUCCAUGCGGCGGGUGGCUCAAGCCUCCCUGCCUGGAGCCCAUCCUCAUCCCCAUCCCUCACAUCCCCAUGAGCCAAUACCCCUUCCCUAUCACUGGCAUGAAAAACAGGAAAUGAUGCAGCGGGAGCUGGAGGAGGCAAGAGCCAGGGCCACUCAGAUGGAAAAGACAAUGCGUUGGUGGUCAGACUGCACUGCAAACUGGAGAGAGAAGUGGAGCAAGGUGAGGAGUGAGCGCAAUAAGGCACGGGAAGAGGUGAGGAUCCUGCGUGGCCGCCUGGAAGUGUCUCAACGGGAGAACAGUGCUCUCAAGAGGGAAAAAAAUGACAUGGAAGCACAAAUGAGUCAUCUUAGCAAAACUUAUCACAUGGUGUGUCCUAGAAAAGAUUCCUCUCUGGAACAGCAAGAGGAACCCAGGAGUCAGGGGACCCACUUGCGAGACUCACCAGAAAGAGAUGGUAGCGUUCCUCUGCGGCCACUCUCUCAUCCAGAGGCAGAGAAGCUUUCCACUGAUGAAAUGCAGUUUAUUCGUGAUGCCAAGAACACAAACUUCAGCCUCCUGGAGGAAAUCUUUGGCUCACGUGGCCUGCACCAGGCCAGUGAAGCGAUAGGCAACGGGGAGGAAGGGGUGGAUGGGGAGGGGAAAGCUCUCACCCUGAGUGGGGGAGUGGAGAAUGUGUCAGUGUUUGUCCACAAGCCCAGUGAAGCCACACGGCUCAGUGAGAAAUGUCGUGCAGGGAGGGAAGUGAAGGACCUUAUUUGCGAUGAGUACCUUCAGGACACUGCAGUGCAGGAGGAUCCUGGAACCUGCCAUCACCAUCACCACCACCACCAUCAUCACCAUCCUCCACCUCAGCGAGAGAAUGAUGUGGAGGAGAAGAUGAUUCACACUCAGCAGCACCAGCAGCAGGAGCAAGCCAUGCGAGAGGCAGCAGGAGGCAGUAGUAAUAGCAGCAGCCAGCCGUCCCCAUCCCACCGCAUCUCCACCAUGUCUGACCCGCUGCCAGACACCACCCCCUGCCAUGUUCUCAAUCCCCGGAUAUCAGCCGUGUCUGACCCAACCAGCGAGGUGUGCGGAGGGAGUGAGUGCAGCGAGGGACUCUUUGAGGAGGCGGGGCGUCCUUGGGAGGGUGUGAGCGGGCGUGAGGUGCGGUGUGGGAGCAAGAGGACUAGUGGAGGAGGUGGCAUGGGAGGGUGUGGGGGCUCCUUGCUCGAUGACUCUGGCAUCACACCUGAGCAGGAGAGUCUGGAGCAGCAGGUGACAAUGCUCAAGCUGAGGCUGGAUGAGGCCACCAAGACCAUACAGGCUGAGAGAGAGGAGAAGUCUGUGCUGGACCGAGAGUGCACCAAGUGGCAGGCUGAGACAAGUGAGUUGAGGCUGAGGCUGGAGGACAUGCGAGCAUCACGGCAAGACUUGAUGAAAGAGUUGGUAGCACUCCGUGCCCAGCAUCAGAAAGAAGUGCAAAGUCUGCAGCUGGAAAUGCUGGAUGAGGCGUCCACUAGGGAGUGUAUAGACCGCAGAAUGGCUGACCUCAGAGCAGAGCUGGAGAGAUUGCAGGAAGAGAAUGCUGCUGAGUGGGGCCGGCGGGAGCGACUGGAAAGCGAGAAGCUUGGCUUUGAGCGAGAAACAAAGAAAUUACGUGCACAGCUUGGAGAACUAGAGGAGAGACUGGAUAAGAGGAAUAAGAUGAACACUUCCUGCCAAGACUCUGAUGUGGCACAGCUUAAGCAGGAAAUUGCUGAUAAGUGUAAGGAGCUGUCAGAGCUGAAGCAUGCCCAUGCCAAGCUGAAGAAAGUGCUGGCGGACAAGUCAGUGGAGCUGCUACACUGCUCCCGCCGUGCUGAACAGUAUGAGAGUGAGGUGAAGCGGCUGCGUGCACGAGUGGAGGAACUCAAGAAGGACCUGGCAGCUGCAGAGGAUGAAGUGGAUGGUGCUUCCAACAGUAUGAGGAAACUCCAGCGAGGCAACGAUGAACUUCAAGAAACAGUGGAAAAUCUGGAAGUACAAGUGGAACACCUCCAAUCCCGCCUCCGUUCCUCCCAAGUUUCUUCCCUCCCUCUCCGCACCUCCGGCCUUCUCCAGGACUCUGACGAUGAUGCUGCACAGUUCUGAGUUGUGUUAGGUCACUUUUCAAGGUUGUGAGAGAGCUUCUUGUGUGACCUUACUUUGGUUGCCACUGACCAGCUUUUAACUAUAUCAUCAUCAUCAUCAUCAUCAUCAUCAUCAUCAUCAUCAUCAUCAUCAUCAUCAUCACCACACAAGUUAUUCAGGGUUCUAAGUGGAAAGUCUUCUGCCAUGACCAUCCCCUUGGGAUGUGCUCCAGGGGCAGCCAGCCGUCACAUAAAAUACAUGGAAUAGAUGAUACACUUAAAGGGCAUGUAUUUUGAACUAAUUAAUUUUCACAGUUGUUUCUAUUUUCAGAAUUUUGCAGGAUAUUGCAUAUUUAUCAUAAAAUUUAAUUGUAUUUCUGUCAGCACACACACACACACACACACACACACACACACACACACACACACACACACACACACACACACACACACACACACACACACACACACUAUAUAGUAUGACUGGGCAUCAUGUGACUUAAAUCUCAAUGCAUUUAAAAAAUCUUUGAUUGUUCAUCCCAAAGUAGUAUUUAAUAUUGGAAUACAUAUAACAUACAUCUUGUAGUGGCACGAGUUUAUCACUACAAGGCUAAUUUUAUUGUUAUUUUUGUAUCCCUUGAAACAAAAUACAAGUCUCCUUCCAGAAUAGAGCAAGUAACAGACACUUGUUAAAAACAGUUUUGGUGCUGUGAUAGAUGGAAGAGAUGCACAACCAUGAACCUUUUACAAACUGCUAUUACACUGAUAUAAUGUAUUACUGAUACCUGUAUGCUCAGUAAAAAAAGAAAAAAGAAAAAUAGUGAUAAUAAAUUUUUAAAUAGGUAAGUUACAAUUCACAGUGACUAUAAAUCACAGACCAGCGCAUUUCCUCAUUCCCAAUACAUAUUCAUUUACAAACAUCAGACGUAGAGCUAUACACUUUCUUACCAGAUUUGGUUUGAGUGUACCCAACUUAAUACUCAACUUAAAGACACACUUGGCCAUCAGUGUAAUAUGCAGCCUAAUUCUGAAUAGAAAAAGCAGACAAGUAGAAAUAACUGAGCAAUGUCAAAAUGGUGUAUGUGAUGUACAGCCUCCAUGCAUUGUCACUGUUAAGAUGCUUUGAAUGGUAACGUGAUCACAAGUCAACACUGCAUAUUGAACCAAAAUCAAAUUCUUUUUAUUUCUCUCAUAAAUCAUUAUGUAUAUAAGCUUCUCUGCUAUAGGUUAACAGGUGCUGAUGCUAACAGUGGAGAAUACCUAGGUUACCAGCAUUUCCUUUGUUUUUUAUGCUUCAUUUAAAACAAAAUCCAUUAUGUUUAUCAUUAUGAAUAAAUAACAUAUAUAGCAA